AUGGACGAGGAAGGUGAAAUGGUCAAGCAUUCUUGCAGCAAGCUUCCCAAUCCAGCCUGGGUGAGGAUCAAGCAUGGCAAGUAUAAGGGCGACAUAGCUCAAGUCUUCAAUUCUGAUUUGCCAAAUGAUCUGGUUGCGGUCUUGGUUCCCCUAAGAGAUUUCCCAUACCCCAUGUCUCGGGGAUCUCGAUCUCUACUCGACCCAUCCCGCCUUCCAAACAGGGACGCGGUCUCCAACAUCAAUCACGGUGACGAAGUUAUAGGCUGCAAGUACAAAGGAGAAAGAUACUACAUGGGCCUCCUACUUCACAACUUCCACCACGAUCACCUAGAACGUGUUGUCUGCCCUCACAUUAACGACAUUGAACUCCAUUUGCGAUCCGGAUGGGACAAGUCAUUCCUCGAGAGCACUGUGGUUGCGUUUUCAAUGCAGUUCUUGCACGCAGGUGAUUGGGCCAGGAUCAUCAAAGGAGAUCUUAGUUCAGAAGUCGGGAAGGUCACCUCAACUGACCAUACUGUCGGUUCUGCCACCUUGGAUUUGAACUUGAGUGGACACUGA